AUGACGGCUGGCUACAUCAAGUACGAGAUCCCGGCGCUCGGUAUGAACAUAUCAAACAUUGAUGGAGCGGCCGUAGCGGCCUUGAGGGAAGACAAUGAGACGAUUAUAAACACAGAAUUGACAGCAAAAGCAACAACCCAGCCAACAGAAACAAUCAGCUUCCGCGACAUGAAGUCCCUCAUAAUAUCCUUUGCAAUGAUGAAGUCCAGCAGCGACUUCAGGGAAAGCAAGCAGGCAUGGGACGACGCGACCAUCGUAGCACAUGAAUGCGCUCUGUACUUCUGUGCCAAUGUGUACCAAACCACGAUCAAGCAAGGUGCUCUAGAGGAGACUGUUUUGGGUUCCUAUGUGAACAGGAACCUUGAUUCCUUUCUCUCCUUGAAUCCUCAUGAAUCUGAGCUCUCGAAGGCAUACAACGAGUACACGAAUUACACUUUGAACUACGACAAGUCAGACUUCAACCGAACCGACCUCCAACUGUUGAUUUCGCCGGAAGAGUAUCGUGCCGCCACCGGUCUAAACACAGAAAACAGCUUGCGAUUCAAUAUCUCACAAAACGCGGCUGGAAGCAUCACUGGAGCAUUCGCGAAUCAAUUCGCCCGUCGGCCUAGCCCUCUGAGCAAGAAGCAGCUCGUAUACCCGCCGCUACGUCGAUCACCUCAGGUUCUACAACAACAGCCUAACGUAAUCACAAGCUUAGGGGCAUCCCAAAAUUUCACGGCAAUGUUUGAGGCAGCCGCAGCUGGUUUGACAAAGUACAUACGUGAUCUCUCUCUGGAAGAGGAGCCCUUGGAGGGCAAGACGCUGCAAUGGGUGGUUCAUAUCCGCGGAUACUAA